UAUAUUCCGCAGAUCAGACGUGCAUGAGACAGCAUUCAGUGCACGAACUCUAGAGAACAAGACCAACUCUGAGCUCUUCCCUUCUGCUUUAUUCAUGGAUACUAACCUGGGAUUGUACUUUCACUGCGUGACGGCAAACUCCUCCUCGAAGACCCGGUGCUGAAUUUCUCUCUGAGGCGCACGGACUCAUUUCUAAGCUCUUGCGAAGCUAUUUCUCUUUGAGCUUUAAUCUAUAUACACCGACCCAGGCGAUGCAAAAGGGUUUCUGUCUUGGGAUUGUUCAGGCUUGGACAGCCAUGACGACCUUUUGCGAGUCGAAUCACUUUUGAGAUUGAGUGCAGGGCGCGUUUGGACCAGCACCAGCACCUGGAGCACCAGGGCAGUUUGGAUUCUCCUCCGUAGACUUGAGCUGGCGCUUCGGGUCAUUUAAAGGGAGAUCUCUUCAAGGUAUGGUUCUGGACUCUCUGCGCUCAGGAGCGGUCCCGAGGCUCCUACAGUCUGCGUCUUUCUUAUUAGGUGGGAAAUUGACAUCGGAAGGAGAUGAGAACCUUAUUCUGCUGCUUUCUGCUCCUCACCUCGCAACUUCUGCUGGCAACCGCUGAGAAGGAGUUCGCAAUCCCUCAAGACUUCAUCGACAGGCUGUCUCACAGCGAAAUCAACAGCAUCAGCGACCUCCAGCGGCUACUGGAGGUAAAUUCUCCAGGUCCUGGAAAUGAGGUGAUGGAGGAGGUCAAACAGAAGCACCAUCAGAAGAGCCAUCACUCACACAAGGCCGCUUCCUCAGAUCUCAAGAGUCUGCAGCUGUCCCACAGACGGAAGAGGAGCGUCGUAGAGGAAGCAGUGCCAGCCAUGUGCAAGACACGGACAGUGAUCUACGAGAUCCCGCGCAGUCAAGUGGAUCCCACCGCUGCAAACUUCCUAAUAUGGCCUCCGUGUGUGGAGGUGAAACGCUGUACAGGCUGCUGCAACACCGGCAACAUGCGCUGUCACCCCUCCAAAAAACAGCACCGUACUGUCAAGGUGGCAAAGGUAGAGUUUGCAUCGCGCAAGAAAGCAAAAUUGAAGGAGGUGCUUGUCCGGUUAGAGGAUCAUGUGGAGUGCGUGUGCACGUCACAGCAUCAUGUGAUUGAGCAUGCGGAAGCAGACACAGGCCCACGCACAGUUAAAAAAGGUAAAAAGCGGAAACACAGAAAGCAAGCAGUGGCUGUACAGAUCAACAAGGAUAUUCAAUAAAAGGCAAACAUUUCCUAAUACUCAGCGGACCAAAAUAUCCUGCAGUGGACAUGAGGUGAAACCACAUAAAACGAGCGAUUGAAGGACAACAGUGGCUACGUAACGCUCCAGCAGCACUGGGACUUUGACCUCUGACCCUACUGACCCCAUUGCUGUUAAAAAAAAAAAAGAUACUGUAUCCAGAGGAACAUUAUACACAAACACAACACCAAAGGUGCUUUCUACGUACUCUGUCAAACACUGAAGACAAACAAGAUUGGUAUUCAGUUAAUUAUUAAGUGGUCAAACACUGGGCGGAAACGAAACUGAAAAGGACGAUGUUUGUGUCGAUUCUCUGUUGUUUAUGUAUAUGACUCUCGUAAAGGUCAAAGAUGAGGAGAAAGUCUUUUGGAGAACACUAAGUUUGUAGAGACCAUGAACUUCACAUGCUUGUGUUUGGAUCCGCUCAAGCAGGACUCUAGAUGCCCGUGAAGGGUGGACUAACUAAUGGACUCCAGUCGUUUAAAAAGAGGAUGAACAUAUUAAAGGAUGUGCUGUCAUAUAACCUUGCUAACUGCCUUAGUCCUCUUGGGUCCAGAACAUUGAAACUGCUCUUUCCAAUGUGCCUCUAGAAAGCUUUGUCCUUCCGAAGAGAACUGCCUGUCCGUGAACAAAGACGUACGGAAGGCAGUGUAAUGCAGUCAUUAUGCCAGAAUAAAGUAUUUAUGUAUGCGAUCUCUUUCUCACACUUUUCGUUUCUCAGUCCAAUGUAAGAAGAGCUCAUCUUCAUUGAUCUGGAAGUAUUAUUAGUGAUAUUUUCUCAACAUUUCAAUUCAUUCUUGCUUAUAUCUUACAGCAGAAAUACUAGGUUUUUGUCCUGGAAAUGUGUGUCAUAGGAAGACAUGUAAGAGACAGCUGUCGAAAGAUGCUUUAUUUUUGUUAAAAAAUAUAUUUAUAAUGCUAAUGUAGAAUCAAGCAGGAAGUAUGUUUAUGUAUUGUGUUUUCUGUUAUUGUGGUGUAAUGGUUGUAUGAUGGGAUAAGAUCAAACAUUGAGAGUAAAUGCUAUACAGUAUCAACAGGUUGGCCAUGACACAAGCAUCAUUAGUCAUCAGUUGUUGGUUCAUAAUUUGCUUCUUUGCUCAAUGAACAAUAUUUAAUGCUAACAUACAAAUAGAGAAAAAGAUAAUUCAAAUAGUCAAUAAACAAUUACCUUAGGUAUGAAGCUUUGUUAUAAAUAAAGAUAUCAAAACUAA